AUGAUCUCAAGUGCAAUGUUUUAUGGACAAAAUACCGGAAGUCAAUGUUCAAUUGGACCGAUUAAAUUAUCACUUUCUGGGAUAUAUAUUUCAAUUGUCAGUGCAAUUAUUGCUGCACCUCCAAUAUUGUUAGUAUCUUAUAUGUUCAGAAGUUCCAAACCUCGUUCCAGAAAUGAGAAGAAAACUUUGACAAAUACUAAAGACAAUUCUGAAAUGACACUUAAAUCCGGCGAGGAAGACAAUAACGCAGAUGUGACAGAUGAUUCUGAAUUUUCACUUCCGUUUUGGUGUAGAUAUGUAGCAUGGGGAAUUGUUACAUUAGCCGUCUUUACAUCUGGAUUUUUCCUAAUUCUGUAUAGCAUGGAAUGGGGAAAGACAAAGUCAGAGGAAUGGCUGCUAUGUUUCUUUAUGUCAUUCAUCGAAUCAAUACUCUUAGUUGAUCCACUUAAGAUAAUAAUGAUUUCAGUCAUAUUCUCUUGGAUUGUAAAGAGUUACAAGGAGAAAACUGUGAAAUACGACAGAGAGAAACUUCUUCUAGAGACCAAAAGACGUGCAGCUAGUCCAUUGUCAUAUCUUUUAGAUGUGUUCAAAGCCACGCAAGCUCCAUUGAAAUCCCAAACAGUUUCAAGAUUAAAAGAAAAAAGACAGCAGCGCCUUAAAAUGCAAGAGAUAUUCACAGAACUAGUCUUAUAUACGAUAUUCCUUGCUAUUUUGUAUUGUGUCAGUUUUAGUAACAGGGAUUCCAGAUGGUAUAAUGUCAAAAAUCAUCUCGAACAACAUCUUGUUACAUCAAAUAAUAUCUCAGCAGGCGAUUCAACGUUUAGAUACGAUCAGGUUACAACUGCAUCUAAUAUAUACACAUGGAUCAAUGAGACUCUAAUUACGUUUCUGUUUCCACGGUACCAUUCUAAUGGAGUUCAACUAAAAGCCAAUAGAAGAUUAUAUGUAAAAGACCAAGUCAAUUUUCGUGUUGGUCCAAUGAGACUGAGACAACUAAGAACUGUUCAAGAGCCAUGUAGGACACAGUUUUUGGAUAACUUUACCUGUUACGAUGAAUAUUCUAUUUCCGGAGAGGAGGAUAGAAACUAUUGUGUUGCCUGGGAGCCUCGUCCUUGCGUCAGAGGUCAAGCUGUAAAGAAUAUGACAUUUGCUGCCUGGAAUUUUGUGUCGUCUGUUGAUAUUUGGGGACUUCCGGUCACAGGACUACAUUCUACCUAUGGCGGUGGUGGAUAUAUAGCAGAAUUUAUUUUAUUGGAAUAA